GGAUGCAGCAUAAUGAUGAGGCAUCUUAGGUGUGGAUUCUAAGCAUCUUACGAGAGAUCCCAUCCUCCACUUGCUUCAUGGCUGCCCCAUAUAAGCUGUAAACAAUGAUAAACUCCACCAACAACAAUCAAUAAUCAUCACCAUGAACGUUUCUCCUCUUGAGGCUCAAGCUUUCAACUACUUGAGCUUCGGUUUCUUCACCUUCCUCAACAAUAUAUGGACACGCCUCGCCCUCAGCUUCUGGAGGAUCCCAACUCCAAACUCUCAAUUGCCUCCUCCUUCCGCUCAACCCGAACCUGACCCGAACCCGGAUACAUCGGAGCCCGAUGCCGUUAGUGUGUCUGGUAACGUCGACGUUGACGGAGUGACGAAGUCGAAGGGGAAGUUUACCUUGUAUUACGAGGAUGACGGGGAAUGCUCGAAGGACGAGAUGGUAACGGUAACGGAGGAGGACUGGGAGGAUAGAGAAGGAGAAAGGGAGUGGUGGGAGAGUUGGGAAAGGGUGUUGAGGAUGAGAGCUGGGGAGAACGAGAAGGGAUGGUACACGUGUCAGGAUUUAACGGUGCUUAACGGUAGCGUUGUGAAGUUAUGGGAAUGGAGGGAUAGCUCAAACUCUGUUAUUUUGUGGUAUUAG